AUGCCGUCCUGUACAUAUGACGGUAAAGGGGAUCCAAAGCGGUAUGUAGCUGCUUUUGAGAGUCACAUGUUGCUAUAUACCGACACCAAUGCUGUGUGGUGUAAAGUUUUCCCUACGACUCUUACCGGCGCAGCUUCGGAUUGGUUCUCCAAUUUAGAGCCGGGAUCAAUUGACUGCUUUGAGACCCUGGUGGAGUUGUUCACAGGUCAGUACAUAAGUAACAGUGCGAGACAAAGGACAUCUGGCGAGCUCAUGCAAGAAAUUGUCGUGAUGGCAUUGAUGAAUGGGCUGGGUGACAACGACUUCAAAAAAUAUAUGUCGCGGAAGUCUUUCCCAAACUUAGGGGUAGCAUUUGCCAAGGCUCACGAAUACAUAAAAAGUGAGGAACUGCUGAGAACGAGCCGUCAAAUAUCGUCAGCAGAGCCCUCCAGAAGGCAAAGUGAUAAUAGCCCAAAUUCCCAGAUAGGUGGGGUAAGCAGGGCAUUGCCUCAAGGCCAGCAGAGAUCUGGAAGACCGACAAGGGGAUUGGGCCGUUAUAGUAGUUAUACGCAGUUAAACACCCCGAGAGCGGCAAUAUAUUCAAUAAACCAGAAUAGAGAAGAUUGGAGUCGGCCGACACCGAUGAUAACGAAGGGCCGGGACGUGAGGAAAUAUUGCAUGUUUCAUAGAGAUAUUGGUCAUUACACCGAAGAAUGUGUCCAGUUAAAAGAGAACAUUGAAGAUCUCAUAAGGAAGGGGCGGUUAUCCCAGUAUCGUACCCAAGCAGCUCCCAGCCGACAGCAAAAUUCACAGCCUAGGCAAACCGAGUACCGAAAGCAGGGAGAUUCAUCGAUGCAAGAUGAUACUUAUAUGCAGAAUCAUGCGGAAACAUCCAGACAGGGAGGUAAUCCGACAGGGCGCAAAAUAACGAUCGAUGUUAUUACGGGAGGACCAGUAUAUGGGGGUUCUAUGAGCGGGGCGAAGAAGAGCUAUCGGAAUACCGGCACCUAG